AUGCCAUCAACGCUGAGGAAGCUCUGGGAGCACCCCGACGUAGCGUCUACGAGCAUCGAGGCGUUUCGACUCCUUGCCAACGAAAGGUCCAAUCUGAACCUUCGCAACUAUCAUGAUCUCUGGAAAUGGUCUACCGAAUCUUUGAAUGAUUUCUGGAUGCUUGUAUGGGAAUUCACAAAGGUCAAAUCGUCAAUCCGUCCGACGUAUGCUAUAUCGAAGUCCGAGGCCAACAGGCUCACGCCAAACCCGACGUGGUUCCCUGAAGCGCGACUGAACUUUGCUCAAAACAUCCUGGAAUCAGACUUUGCUCCUCACGAUGAAUACAACACACCGGUUCUUACUGGGAUUCGGGAAGACCAGAGCGAAGUUGAGCAUGUGUCCCUCACUCAGCUCCGUAGUCGAGUAGGCCGUCUCGCAAAUGCUCUGAGAGGGGUUGGAGUUCAAACGUCCGACCGUGUGGCGUGCGUGGGAUCGAACAGUAUCAACACAUUUACCGUGUUUCUAGCCGCCGCGUCGAUCGGCGCAAUCUUUACGUGUUGUUCCCCUGAGAUGGGCGAAAAGGGUAUCCUUGAUCGUUUCCUGCAAGUCAGACCAAAGGUCCUAUUCUUCGAUGACUGGGUUGUCUACAACGGUAAAGAGAUCCCCUGUUUAGAAAAGGCUGGAAAGGUGACAGGUCAGCUCAAGAUGCAGGCGGGUCUCAAGCUGUCUGUGGCUGUGCCACGUUUCAGCGAGAGCCGCGCUCGUCGUUUGCCUGAUGGCCUUCAGAGCCUGGAAAGUCUUCUGACAGGGGCCUCGGAGCACCUGCGUUUUGCCCAAGUGGAAUUCUCACAUCCACUGGUUGUCGUCUACUCCUCGGGGACGACUGGGCAGCCUAAAUGUCUGGUCCACACGGUUGGUGGCGUCCUUCUAAAGCAGAAACUGGAGCAGGUUCUCUGCACCGAGAUGAAUGAGAAGAGCAUCUACCUGCAAUAUACCACAACAAACUGGAUCAUGUAUCUAUAUUCGGUCUCCGGUCUACUGAGCGGCGCACGGUCUAUUUUGUAUGAUGGAUCGCCAGUGAGACCAACUCCGGUCAAAUUUCUGGAAAUGCUCGGCCACUUUCACGUCACUCACUUCGGUACAAGCGCGCAUUAUCUUUCCCUCUUAGAACAGGCUGGUGUCACAAAAGCAGACGUCUCUAGCCUUGAUCGAUUGCAGGUCAUCACAAGUACUGGAUCUGUCCUCACCGAGCCACAGUACUACUGGGUGUACAAAGUCUUCGGAUCCGUCCAACUCUGUAGUAUAGCAGGAGGUACGGACAUUGCAGGAGCCUUCGUCGGUGGCGCUGCCAAUCUACCUGUGUAUGCUGGCUGGUGUCAAGCACGAACACUGGGCAUGAAAGUUCAAAUAUAUUCCGACGAGGCCCGUCCAAUUGAAGAGUCUGGUCAGGCGGGCGAGCUAGUGUGCACCGCUCCUUUUCCAUCGCAGCCCGCCUUCUUCUGGGGUGACGAGGAUGGAAAGCGAUAUCAGUCCGCAUACUUUGAAAAGUUCUCAGGUCUUUGGCAUCAGGGAGACUACAUCCGCAUGGAUCCAGGUACUCAAGGUAUACAGUUCCUCGGUCGCAGUGAUGGUGUUCUCAAUCCUUCCGGUGUUCGAUUUGGAAGUGCAGAAAUCUACAAUGCUUUAAAUACAUUCACGGAGCUCGAAGACUGUCUAUGUAUUGGGCAGAGACGGCCGCAUGAUCGUGAUGAGCAAGUAUUGCUGUUCGUCAAAAUGAAGAAGGGACAUGUCUUCAGCCAUGAUCUGGAGAAAGCACUCCGAGAACGUAUCCGACAGGAUCUCAGUCCUAGGCAUGUUCCCAAAUUCAUCUUUGGAACGCCAGAAAUCCCAAUGACGGUGAAUGGGAAAAAGACAGAACUGCCGGUCAAAAAGAUUGUUUCGGGACAGAAAAUUACACCGAGCUCAACCAUCGUCAAUCCUGACUCGUUAAAAUGGUAUGAACAGUUUGCUGAUCUCGACACUAAGGGUUUAACAAGCCCGACCAGCAAGCUGUGA